CGAACGAUCACAAUAAAGUAACUUCAUCAGUGAGUCCGCCAUCGCGUGCGAGAUACGUCGCGUUUCCCGCGCUUUGCCCAACCAUAGACUAAACGAAAAUACUCUCCCGAAUUAUCCCGCGAAAAGCCGAAGAUGAGUUGGUGGCUGUACUUCGCGCUGGCUCUGGCGGCUGCCCACGCGCAGGAGACGUGCCUCUCCGUCAACGACAAUCCUUACCUUCUCUACGGAUCCAAGACUGCUUAUCUGUUCGCCACAAACAACAUACCUUUGGGAAAAAUUCAUGAUGUACCCGGUUGUCAACCCAUAGCAUUUUGGCUCGCGUACCGACAUGGGGCGAGUAACCCGUCGAUAACAGAGAUACCUGAACUGAAGAAGUUGUCAGAUUUCAAAAAUAACAUCCUGAAUAAUUACAGAAGUGGAAAUUUUAGGAACACUAAUCAACGCAUCUGCGCGGCGGAUUUAAAUCUGCUCGGUCAAUGGGAAUGGAACCCCAGGAUCAACGUGACCUUCGCAGGGAACCUGACCAGCGAAGGCUACAUGUCCACGCAGCAGUUGGCGCAGGCUUGGAAGCAGAGGUACCCGGGGCUCCUCACUGACAACCCUCAUGACUAUCUGAUAAAAUACGUAGACGAUGAAGUAUCUGGUUCCACAUUCCGCGCCUUCACAGAAGGGCUGUUCAGAACUCAGGCGGAAAAUUACGACAUACCCAAAGAACUUGAUGAAAAGAAAUUGAAGCCAUACAAAUCGUGCGAAAAUUGGAAGACACAAGUGGAAGAUAACAAUGAUACUCUAACUCAGAAACGCAUCUUUCAGUCAAAACACGAGUUUAGAGAGAUGAUAACGAACAUCUCCCUUCGCCUGGGCUUCAACUACGACGUCCACCCCGACCUCGUAUACAGCAUGUACCAGAUGUGCCGCUACAAUAAGGCCUGGGACAUCACCACUGUCUCCCCUUGGUGUUCGGUGUUUACCCGCGAAGACCUAAAGAGAUUCGAGUAUGCAGAAGAUCUGGAGACCUAUUACAAGUACGGGUACGGGUCGGAACUAAGUCCGAAGAUCGGCUGCUCACUCCUUAAUGAUAUGAUCGGGUUUCUCACCAAACACGCGGAACAUGAACACCCCCAACAGCCCAAAGCUCAGAUUCAGCUGACAGACUCAGAGAUGCUUCUCAUGCUACUACGAACUAUGGGAACCCAUCACGACCCCGCCCCAUUGACAGGAGACAACUACCACACGAACACCGUGCAGAACAGAAAGUGGGCAACAUCGUUGUUGUCGCCGUACAACGCGAAUGUUGCUGCUGUGCUAUACAAGUGCACAUCAAACGGCAAUUUCCAAAUCAAGGAUCGCUACCAAGUUCUCUUCUUAGAAAACGAGCGACCAAUGGUCAUUGAGGGCUGUCGCGUCGGCCUGUGCGACUGGUCGCUAGUCGUCAGCAGGUUCGGGGAAAUCGCAAACAAAUGCGAUUUACAGUUCUGCAGUGGAUCGCAAGCCUUACGUUCAUGGGGAUUUUUGGCUGUUAUAGCGGUUGUUAUGAAAUUGGUGUUUUAAAUAAGGAUUUAAAGUUAUAUUUUCACAGUGAAUUAUAAAUACUGUAAAUAAAACCGGUUUCAAUUUUAACGCGCAUGUUGUAUAUCAUACUACUAAUACUAUCUCACAUACUUUUCUAUUGUCGACGAGCCGAAAAAAAGUAUGGUAAAAGCGCUUUCAAACGUAUGUUUUUUUGAGAACUAUGUUUUGAGUUUGAUGUUAGGUCAUUUACAUUGUGAACAGCUGAUAUAUAUGCUAUAAAAUGUGUAUGGAAAUUCGAUGUUUUUAAACUAUUUUAAUGUAUAUCCGACAGGUAUUAUAACCAACAGUAUAAAUCCUCCUUAGUAGUUAUGGUUAUAAUACCCGUCUUUGCUACACCCUGUAUAUUGACGUUAAAAGGUUUAUUUCAUAUUUUAGUACUAAGUAUGAAUAGUAAUAAAUUCUAUCUACUUAAAUGUUUCACACAUCAUAACUAAGGGAGAUUGCUCCAAGUUUGCAAAAGUAAUUGUUGUAGAAAUAUAUUAAACUUUACAUCAUGUUAUACUUUUGAAAACUCUUAUUUUAAUAUAAGUAUAUUCUUUAAAUCAUGUCUAAUACAGUCACGAGCAUUAAAUAUGUAGGUAUUUGCAGCUGUGUACACAUAUUUUGGAAUUAUUGCUUGCGACUGUUCAUAUUUUAAGUGAAAAAAAUGUUACUUAAUAUUUUAAGAAGUUAGUUAUUGACGUUUUAAUUGCUAUUAAUCAAGUAGGUACAUCAAGAUAAAAUAUUUUAUUUUGUAUAUUUUUAAUUGUUUCAUCAUUUAAAGUUAAGUAAAUUGUAGUCAACAGAUCGUUUAAGAUGGCUUUUAAUUACACAAUGUAUUUUAUAUCGUUUUUAAUGAUCAAAUUAACGGUGCUCAGUAUUGAUUUGCUAUGCAUUUAUUUUUGUGCCAUAAUUUGGCAAUUAUGCAUCUUAUAUGUUUAUUUAUAAAGUUAAUAAUUAAGCGAGUUUAAGCGAAUUAGUUUCAAGUACUUAGUAAUCCAUUCUCAAAAAGACGAAAUUGGGUCGUAGCGCAGAUUUUUACGACCAUCACACACUUUUAAUCGCUUGAAAAUUAAAAAAAAAGUUUUAAGAUAUGUAACAAUGUCCCUGCUUAUUCUAAUUCCGUAAAAAAAAUUAUCUUUUCAAAUUAGAUCAUGUACCUAAACACAUUUAAAAAAAAUAUGUAUAAUACAUUUUUUUUUUUGCAAAGUUUAUAAAAAUUCAUGACAUACUUACUGCAUUCUCAGAUGAAAUUAUGUAUGUUUAGAUUUUUAAUAUUUUUAUUACUGUAUUUUUUAUUGUAUACUUACAUAAGUAACAUAGAAAUAAUGUAAACGUUACAGCCUGAUGUACCAAAUAAACGCAAAUAAAUUAUACCUACCUACCAUUGAAAGUUAGUGUAGUUUGGUCAGUUUGUUUGCGAUUGUUAAGGUUAUACUUUGUCAGUGUUGUAUUAGGUCCUCCGAUCCCCAAAGACACUAAACUUUAAAACCUAGGUGGUGAUAGAUGUCAAAGCUAGCUUACGCGGCCAUAUAAAUCUAAAUUACAUUGCCUUACCUAUUACAUAUCUUGGUAAUACAACUCUUGCACCAUAAGAUAAAAGUAGGUAAUCAGGAAACUGAGAAUUAUUGUAGUUUCUAAAAAUUCCCUAAUAAACUACGUCUUAGGUCACCUCCGCUCUUAGAUCAUUGAUGCAAGCCUUCGCUCAUUCAUAUGUACAGUCAACGUCAGGAAAACAUGAACAAAUAAUGUCAUACAAAACAAAACCAUAGGGUUUUCAUGCCGUUGACUAUUCGCAAUUCGUCUGUCACCACCCUUAGAAUAGUAUUGCUGUUAAUUCAUAGAUAUUUACUUAGAGCUAUUUGUUGUUGUAACUAAAUAUACUAAAUGUUUUCAGUGUUACUGUUUCCGUAUUCUAUCGUUGUUGUAACUCGCACCAAAUAUAAUUUGUAGCGAAUAAAUUGU